CACUUCCUGUUUUCAGGAGAGGAGAGGAGAAAGUGUUACGAAAACAGGGAUUGAUUAAAGUCUAAUAUUUUAUUGGAAACGUAAGAAUAUUCUUAUAUUUUUAGAAGCAAUCUAGUAAUUUUCAAAAGAAGAACUACUUGGGUGAAACAUCUGUCAUUUGAAUACUCCCAAGAUGCCUGUUUCCUGCAGCAGCUGCGGUGAGAAGCGGGCUGCGUUGAAACGCCCCAAAACUGGCCACUCGUUGUGUAAAGAGUGUUUCUUUAUGGCCUUUGAGGAGGAGGUGCAUCAGACCAUAGUCAAUGCAAGUCUCUUCAAAUCUGGUGAAAGUGUAGCUAUUGCUGCCUCUGGAGGAAAGGACUCCACUGUGCUUGCACAUGUCAUGAAGGUCCUGAACGAGCGGUACAACUAUGGUCUGGAACUCAUGCUCAUCUCAGUGGACGAGGGGAUCACUGGUUAUAGAGAUGACUCUUUGGAGACCGUGAAGAGGAAUCAGCAGCAGUAUGAGCUUCCCCUGAAGAUAGUUUCGUAUGAAGAACUGUACGGCUGGACUAUGGAUGCCAUAGUGAAGCAGGUGGGAUUGAAAAAUAACUGCACGUUCUGUGGGGUGUUCAGAAGACAGGCGCUGGACAGGGGAGCCCUCAUGCUGAAAGUUGAUAAGAUAUGUACAGGUCACAAUGCUGAUGACGUAGCAGAGACAGUUUUGAUGAACGUCUUGCGAGGUGACAUAGCUCGUCUGCGCCGCUGCACUGCUAUUUCCACAGCCAGUGAGGGUGAAGGUGUUGUGCCACGAUGCAAGCCUCUCAAAUACGCUUACGAGAAAGAAAUUGUUCUUUACGCCUAUUUUAAGAAGCUGGACUACUUUUCCACUGAAUGUAUCUAUUCUCCAAAUGCUUAUCGAGGACAUGCAAGAACCUUUUUGAAGGAUCUGGAAAGUAUAAGGCCCAGCUCCAUUAUAGAUAUCAUCCACUCUGGUGAGAACUUGUCUGUGCGAGAGGGGGUGAAGAUGCCCGUCCAGGGAACUUGCAGCCGCUGUGGCUACAUCUCGAGCCAGGCACUGUGCAAGUCAUGUGUUCUGCUGGAGGGACUGAACCGAGGCCUGCCAAAGCUGGGUAUAGGCAAGCACCACCGACUGCAUGGGAAGAUCCUGUCCCAGCAGCCCCUGACUGAGAAGGAGGAGAGAAAACUAAAAUCUGUUGAAUUUUAACAAUUGAAACUUUUCUUUUUAAAUUGUAAACUCAAAAUUAUGCUAACAACUUGUAUUUACAAAAUGGAAAUAUCUGAUAUUUAGUUAGAGAAGAGGGAAAAAUUGAAACUUUCUUCUUGAAUGUGACUUCUAUACAUAUUCAUGAGAAUAAAAACUUUUUACAGAAAUGCAUGGUACAGCAUAUUGUUUUUUUUAAAUAUAUGAUUCUCCUUGUUUGUAACUUAAACUCUGGUUGUUUUUUUGUUUUUUUACUGAAACAUAUGAGUGAAAUAUAGAGCAAAUAUAACAUAAUAAAGAAUGUUAGAUCAGAGUUUAUUUUAUUUGAAGCUAUUAAAAAUACUGGUACUAUAUAUGUUAUAUAAAUAAAUAUAAUGUUUGGGGUCAGCCA